CCUCCUGUGUCCAUGUCUGCCGCCAGCCAGGCUGAGCAAGUUCACCUGCCUGGGUUCCUGCCCAGCUUUGGGAGAAGAGAUGCCAGGCGAGGAGGCUGCGGAGGACCUGGCACCCACACAAGAGGCCACCAGGACACUUGCCACACCUCCAGCACCUCUGGGAGCCCACAUCACACAAGGACACAGAUUCACUUCAGCUCUGACCUCACAGCUGCUGGCCAAGAGUCUGGGAAAGGAGUUGGUACUAGAAGUCCAGGCUCCAGUGCAGCGGAACGUUGAGAGGGCUUCCAGGGCUGUCUCUUCCUCUCGCCUUCCUUCACUAAGCUGGGUUGUUGAACCAUGUCUGUGACCGGUGAAGUGAUGCAGUCCUCGCUGACCCAGGAAAUCCUCAGCCACCUAGGCCUGGCCAACAAGACUGCAGCUUGGGGGACACUGGGCACUCUCAGGACCUUCUUGAGCUUUGGUGUGGACAAGGAUGUCCACAGGCUGCUAAGAGCCAUCACAGGUCAAGGUGUGGACCACAGUGCCAUCAUUGACGUGCUGACCAAUCGCAGCAGAGAGCAGAGGCAGCUCCUUUCUCGAGCUUUCUGGGAACGCACCCAGCAGGACCUGCUGAAGUCCCUACAGGCAGCUCUGUCUGGAAACCUGGAGAGGAUCGUGGUGGCUCUUCUACAGCCUGCGGCCCAAUCCGAUGCCCAGGAACUGCGAAUGGCCUUGAAGACUUCAGGCUUUGCUAAAGAUGUCGCACUGGAAAUCCUUGCCACCCGAGCCCUGCCCCAGCUGCAGGAGUGCCUGGCAGCCUACAAACUCCAUUUCCAGGCUGAGGCUGAGGAGGACAUCAAGUCUGAGACCACUAGCAUCUUGCAGGACCUGCUCCUGGCCCUGGCCAAGGGGAGUCGUGAGAGCUACUGUGGCAUCACUGACUACAAUCUGGCAGAGCAAGAUGUCCAGGCACUACAGCGGGGAGAAGGGCCCAGCACAGAGCGACUGUGGGUCCUGAUCUUCACCCAGCGCAAUCCCGAACACCUCAGGCGAGUGUUUGAUCUGUACCAGUGGCGCACUGGACGGUCGCUGGAGGAGGCUGUGAGACAUCAUUUCAAUGGCGAUGCCCAGGCGGCCCUGCUCAACCUAGCCUCAGUGGUCAGAAACACACCGCUGUACUUUGCAGACAAACUUCACCAGAGCCUCCAGCAACCUGAGCCCAAUUACCAAGUCUUGAUGCGCAUCCUCAUCUCUAGAUGCGAGAUUGAUCUUCUAAGCAUCCGAGCUGAGUUCAAGAAGAAAUUUGGGAAGUCCCUCUAUUCUUCUCUCCAGGAUGCAGUGAAAGGAGACUGCAGGCAGGCUCUGCUCGCCCUGUGCAGAGCUGAAGAUCUUUGAGACCUCCGUCUUCCCACUCACACAACAUCUAAGAAGCUGUGAAUCCCUGUUUGGCUAAGCCUUCAAGAUCAGCUCAGCUCUGGAUAGGAUAGCCCUGUGUGGGGCACCACCUGCCUCAGCUCCUUGUUGAGGCUAGCAUUCUGCAUUUCUUUUCAAUUACUUAAUUCCCCUCAUCUCAAAAUGAUGUCUGUACCUGAGUCCUCUUGCUCCACCUCAGAUGUGUGGUAAUGGGACACCUUUGAUAGUUUCUGUCCUGCUCAUCCUCUCAGAUUCUGGCCAGACCCUCACUGGUACUUGAAUUCAUUUGGCAAACCUC